AUGAAUAUAAAGAGAUAAGUGCCCUCAACUUCUUUCUUCGAUAUUUCAAAAGGCCCUUUGUGGUAAAACACUACUGCCUCACGCAAUAUCAAUGAGUCUAUCUAAGAGAAUUUUUACAUAUAUUCUGAAAAGCAAAAAAUCUAUAAAAUAAAGACAUUUUACUUGUAAGGUCAUUUCAUUUUCAAAAGAAAAAAGAAUGGUCAAAAUCAAAUUGCUGAUAUCCUCAAUGCUACUAUUUGUGAAGUUGAGCUUCCCUUUUAUGGUGCCGGAAUAAGAAUUAUUAAAGCAGGUCAAAUUAUCGAAAUAUAUGGCAUGACAAUAACUUGGCUUCAACAAUUGAGGUUUUAUUGUAUUCAGUAAGACUUUGCAAACAAAUACUCCAUCAUCAGAUUACUUGGCAAAGGCACAUUUGGAAAAGUGUUCAAAAUAAAAUCUAGAAUUACACAAUAAGACUUUGCUGUCAAAGUAUUUGAGAAAAAGGCCAUUUCCAAUUAUUAAGAUUAUCUAUUAAUAACAAAGGAGCUUCAAAUAAUUAGAAGUCUAAAUCAUCCAGGAAUCACCAAAUUUUUUGAAACCUAUGAAAAUGAUGAACAUAUUUUUUUAAUAUAUGAAAUGGUGGAACAAGGAGAAUUAUACACCUUCAUUAAAGAAAAGCAUCUUUCAGAAGAGGAAGCUUUGUUGAUUCUCAAACAAUUAUUAUAGGCCCUCCUUUAUAUUCACUCCAAAGGAAUUUUACAUAGAGACUUAAAGCCUUCCAACCUUCUGGUAAGGGAUAGAAACACUUUAUCAAUAGCAAUUGCAGAUUUUGGGUUGGCCGAAUUCUAUAGAGUCGAUGGAAAAUAUAUUUUUACAAGAUGUGGGACUCCUGGAUAUGUUGCUCCAGAGGUAUUACAGGACAAAAUUUACGAUUAUAAAAUAGAUAUUUAUAGCGCAGGUGUCAUUCUUUUUAUGAUGCUGAGUGGUGGUAAAUCUCCUUUCAAUAGCACUGAUCCAGAGGAGAGAUUGUACCAAAAUUAUAAAAGUCUUGUAGAUUACUCUUUGGUUUCAAAUAUCUCUGAAGCAACUUAUAAUCUACUACAAAGCAUGCUUGAACCUGAUAAUAUCAAAAGGAUAUCAGCAAGAGCUGCUUUAAAUCAUUAGGUUUUUCGAAACAAAAGAACCAGUAAGUGCACUAUUAUGAUCAAGAAAACUCCAAGAAGCAUUGAUAAAAUUACAGCUCCAAGAGUCAUAAUAAAUACAAAUAAUAAUUUAGAUAAAUAUUUAUAAUUAUCCCCGAAAUUAUAAAAUUUAUCAUCGAAACCUUAAAAUAAUAUGAAAUAGGAGGCUAUAAGAAGGGGAUAUUAAAAAAUGCAAACAUUUUCACAUAGAUCUCCCCAACUAUCGCCAUUGCAAUCUUAAACCAAAUUCGAACCAUUCCCAUGA